UGUAUUUGUAUAUACCUAUACGUAGUUAUAAGGCGUUUGCGCCGACUGCUUAGCCAGUAAUAAACUAGCUUGCGAACUAGACGGUUGUUUCACUCAUACAUCUCAGUGUCGAACGAGGAUUCUGAAGUACCCGCGCUAAGUGAAAAAGUGACAUGACGUUUUUUGGAAAUUUAACGAAUUUCGAUCACAAAACUGGCGAAUGGCAGAUAUUUCACAGCAAAUUAAAGCAAUUUUUUGUGGUGAAUAAAAUUUUGCAGGAAGGGGACAAGCGCGCCCUUUUAUGCACUCACUUAACGGACGAAACCUACCGCUUGUUACGUAACUUGGCUCAUCCAAAGGAAUUAGAGGAGCUCGAGUUCAAGGAGCUAGUGAAAUUACUCGACGGCCACUUCAAGAAGAAGCAGUGUACGUACGCUGAUAAGGCCAAGUUUUAUGCUGCGACGAGAGUACCAAGCGAGACUUUAGGGGACUGGGCGGCGCGAUUAAGAGGAUUGGCAACUUAUUGCAAUUUUGGCGCGGCUCUGGAAGCGAAUUUAGCAGAUCGUUUCAUCCUAGGCUUGGGCUCGGGGCCCGAGCGUGAUAAAUUAUUUGAAAAAACGGCUACCCUCUCGAUGGCGGAGGCUCUGGAGAUUGCAGAGAAAGCAGCGGUCGCUAGGGAAGCGAAGACGGAGUUGGCGGCAUCUUUCAAAGAAGAGCCCGUAUUUUAUGGGGCUAGUGGGAAUGGGCACGGCCGAGGCGGCUGGAACAAAGGACAUCGCGGCGGUAGCAACAGCGGUGGCGGAACCCGGCCGGCCGGAGGCGACCAGAGGCAGCGAGAUGAUUUCCGAUGUGCUGUUUGUGGAAUGAGAAACCAUGAUGAAGAUAGUUGCCGUUACAAGCGUUAUCGAUGCCAGAAAUGUGGAGUUAUAGGACAUUUAAAAAAAGUAUGUAAAAGCAAGCAUUCGCGCGUGAACUGCAUCGCCACUGAACUGGAGGAAAACGUGACCGUAGGAGCUGAGCAGUGCUGUAGGGAGUGCCAAAACUUUAAUUUAAGGUACGUAUUGCGGUUCAGGAGUCGGCAGCGGGACGCCGUGCGCGCGGUGCGCCGCGAGCUGGCCUCGGAGCGCGUGCUGGCACACUUCGAGCCCAGCGCGCAGCUGGUUCUCAGCGCGGACGCCGGACCCGGGGGCCUGGGCGCUCUAUUGGCACAACGAGCCGCCGACGGACAGGAGCGACCGCUGGCGUUUGCAUCCCGCUCCCUCACCUCCAGCGAACUAUCACUUAGAGGACGCAUGUUAAGCGAACUGCAUAGCACGCACUCAGGUAUUGUUAAAAUGAAAUGCGCGGCGCGCAGUAGGAUGUGGUGGCCGGGUAUCGACCAGGACAUCGAGCGCUGCGCGGGCGCGUGCCAGGCUUGCGUGGCGCUGCGGCCGGCCCCGCCGCGGGAGCCGCCCGCGCCGUGGCCGCGCGCGCCCGGGUGUCUGGCACCGGCGGUGGAUAGUUCACCUCCCGCUGAAAUAGUUGUGGAGGAAAGGAGUGCAGAUGAAGCUGGGAAUGAAGUGUGGGCAGAGUGCGAGGGACAGACAGGUGAGUGCGGGCCGUCUGCGCACGAGCCCGCUGUCGCCGCGCCCCCGUCGUCGCCGGCGCAGCUGCCGAGCGCGGCCGCAGCGCGCGAUCCUAGUACGCCCGCGCCUGUCUUAGACGAGGGCCAAAGGCGAUAUAAUUUGCGCCCCAGAAAAAAGGUAGAUUAUAAAUAA